GGGGGAAAAAAAGAAGAAAAAAGAAAUGAGAGAAUAAUGGAGGGGAAAAGCUACCUCAAGGCUUACUUUAAUUGAAGGAGAAAGGAGGAGCCAGACAGUGGAAAGGCAGAAAGUCUCAGGAGGAUAAGCUUCAAGGGGUUGUGAGGGCAGGACUCUAAGAGCUUCUCUGAAAUACUCCUCAGGAUGUUCCUGGCAGUUGUGCUUUAGCAGAAAUCUAUCUGGAAAAAAUGGUACUCCGUGAGAAUUAUGUCCUGGCAGCAGACCAAAUAUCCCAAGUUUUGAAUCCAGGGAGUGGCAGGGGUCUUGUGAGUUGUGAGCAAGGGAUUUCUGAUGUCAACAUGAAUAACACUUCUUGAAUUAAACAACUAGAAAAAGAAAGGCAGAAUGAACAUCCAAAAAGUGAAUGGUGGGUAUUGAAUUGAACUUCAGUCUGGAAGAUAGAUAAGAGUGUCUGCUAUAAGAAGGAAGUGGUGAAUCCAGCACAGCUAAGUAGCGACAUGUCUGAGUUUCAGCAGCUGAUGCAGGACUCCAUACCAUCUGCAAGAGAUGUUCUACAAGAGAACUACAGCAACCUCCUCAAAGUGGCAGAUUAUUGUGACAGCAACUAUGAGCAGGCUCAAGAUAAACGAAAAGCCCUAGAGGAAACCAUGGCCUUCACUGUUCAGUCAUUAGCCAGCGUAACCUAUCAAAUCAAUAACCUAGCCAGAAACAUCCUCAAAAUAUUUGACUUACAGACCAACCAUCUCCAGCAAGUGGAAGCCAACGUUUGUUCCAUUGAACAGGUGAUAGAAAUGCAUAAGGAGAAAGUGUCCCGUCGGGAAAUUGGGAUGCUUACUGUUUGCAAGACAUUUCCUCUGUAUCAGAAAAUCAUGUACCCAAAGAAACUUGAGCCUUUGCAGCCCUAUUACAGGAAACCACUGGACUUCAACACUCUGGAUGACAUUGGCCAUGGGAUCAAGGAUCAAAGUACACAGCUGGCCAAAACAGGGACUCUAUCACGGCGAUCAAUCAAGUCCUCGGCUGGGCUAUCACCUGGAACCCUUGGAAGGAGCCAGAAGGUCCUAGAAGCAAUUCCACCACCACUUAUCCCCGAAGGCCAACUCUCAUCAGCUUCAUCUUUGUCAUCCAUAAGUAACCUCACAGGAGCUUUGAACAGCACAAGUAUGAAAGAUCCUUCUGAACCAGAUCCAUCGCUACCACCACCACUACCAGAAGCAGACGAUUGUCUUCUCCCUUCUCAAACAGAUUUUUUGCCACCUCCUCCUUUUCAAGCAGAAGAUGUUCUUCCUCUGCCUUACCCUGAGUCAGAACUUGAUUUUCCAACUUUUCCUCUACCACCAUCCCUGGACAUCUCCAACUGUGGUCUCCUGAAGCCUCCUCUUCUGCCACCUCCACCACCCCCAGAGAAAUUGUUGUGGGCCCCAGACACCUAUCUGGAGAAAGUUGUGACUCUUUACCCUUAUGUUCAGAAGAAGGAUGAUGAACUCUCAUUUACAGAAGGGGUCAUUAUUUACGUGACACGGAAAUACUCAAAUGGCUGGUGUGAAGGUGUAACAAGUGAUGCAGAAGGAUUGUUCCCAGGGAACUACACUGAACCUUUGCACUGAAUGAGGCAGAAUGGAAGAGAAAAAAAGACAGGACCCUGACCCAAGUUUUAUGGAGAGCAUGGAGUCAUCUAGAAUAGUCCCACAGGCUGCAAAUAAAUUUAACAAAUAAAUUUAACAAAUAAGUUUAAGUUGCCAGGAAAUCAGUAUUUCCCUGACUUAAGUUAGGCUAAAAUCAAGCUAGUGAAAGGAAUGUGUUGAGAGUACUUUGGAAAUUUCCUUAAAUACAUUGUAAUAUAAACACAGGAUUUAGGUUCUUCUUCUUCUGCAGAGCUUCACAAAACCUACAAUCUUGUUCAGCAGUUAAUAAAGAGCCCAUUAGGGCUAAUUUAUAUCCUUACAAAAACAGUGGUUUCUUAGAAUUCUGAGAUCGGGCUUGCCCAUGAUUGAUACAUGUGAUGAAUAAAUAAACGAAUCCAGCAACAAACUUUCUACUAUUGUAAAGAAAAUAAAUAUGUUGUAAAAUAUUCUUGAAGGUUUUGUGUGGUUUUUUCAAUAUGCCAGCAGGUGGUGCUAUUCUGUAGUUUAAUUCCGUAGUAGCUACUGCCCCUCUCUGUCCAUUCCUGAAAUCUUAUUUGCAUCCCAAAAUUAUACCACUAGCAGCAAACAAUUGAGCAGAGACAGCAUGAUCACCUAUAGUUUUUGGGGGGAGGGAGGGGCAGUCAGAAAAGAAAUAAAAGGUAAAAUUAUCUGAAUUAACUCCUUAUAGUUUUAUGGAUAUAGUUA